GGGAGCAAGGGGGCUGGAUCGAAGGACCUUGGGUGCAGGCUGCAGAUUGGGGCUUUAUUUAGGGAGAAGGCAAAGGGCUUCUCGGAAGGGUUUGCUGAGAGGAAUCUCAAAGCCUGGCUCCCUGGAGGUUAAGGGAUGGAGCUGACCCCUGCCUUCCACGUUAGUCUCACUUCCGUGAGGUGGACGUUCCUACCCAGCUUCCCUGGAUGCUCUGCCAACCUCCUUCUCUGCCUCCAUAGCUUCCCAGCCCUGCUGCCUGGUCCCUGCUGACCAUGAACAAGAUGAAGAACUUUAAGCGUCGUCUUUCCUUAUCCGUGCCCCGCACAGAGACCAUCGAGGAGUCCUUGACCGAGUUCACAGAGCAGUUCAACCAGCUCCACAACCGGCGCAAUGAGGACCUGCAGCUCAGUCCUCUCGGCAGAGACCCCCAGCCGGCGUCCAGCACCUUCUCCCCGACAGACAGCGGGGAGGACCCUGGGCAGCUGUCCCCGGGCAUGCAGUACCGGCGGCAGAAUCAGCGCCGCUUCUCCAUGGAGGACAUCAGUAAGAGGCUCUCUCUGCCCAUGGACAUCCGCCUGCCCCAGGAAUUCCUGCAGAAGCUACAGCUGGAGAGUCCAGACCUGCCCAAACCGCUCAGCCGCAUGUCCCGCCGAGCAUCCCUGUCAGAUAUCGGCUUUGGGAAACUGGAAACAUACGUGAAACUGGACAAACUGGGGGAGGGUACCUAUGCCACAGUCUUCAAGGGGCGCAGCAAACUGACAGAGAACCUCGUGGCCCUGAAGGAGAUCCGGCUGGAGCAUGAGGAGGGGGCGCCUUGCACCGCCAUCCGAGAGGUGUCUCUUCUGAAGAAUCUAAAGCAUGCCAAUAUUGUGACGCUGCAUGACCUCAUCCACACGGAGCGGUCUCUCACCCUGGUGUUUGAGUACCUGGACAGUGACCUGAAGCAGUAUCUGGACCACUGUGGAAACCUCAUGAGCAUGCACAAUGUCAAGAUUUUCAUGUUCCAGCUGCUCCGGGGCCUUGCCUACUGCCACCGCCGCAAGAUCCUGCACCGGGACCUGAAACCACAGAACCUGCUGAUUAGCGAGAGGGGGGAGCUGAAGCUGGCUGACUUCGGCCUGGCGCGGGCCAAGUCGGUGCCCACGAAGACCUACUCCAAUGAGGUGGUGACCCUGUGGUACAGGCCCCCCGAUGUGCUGUUGGGGUCCACAGAGUACUCCACCCCCAUCGAUAUGUGGGGCGUGGGCUGCAUCCACUACGAGAUGGCCACGGGGAGGCCCCUCUUCCCCGGCUCCACGGUCAAGGAGGAACUACACCUCAUCUUCCGACUCCUCGGGACCCCUACGGAAGAGACGUGGCCCGGUGUGCUGGCCCUGUCAGAGUUCAGAGCCUACAACUUCCCACGAUACCUCCCCCAGCCGCUCAUCAGUCACGCUCCCAGGUUGGACACCGAAGGCAUCCACCUCCUGACCAGCCUCCUCCUGUAUGAAUCCAAGAGUCGCAUGUCAGCAGAGGCUGCCCUGAGCCACCCCUACUUCCGGUCUCUGGGGGAGCGUGUACACCAGCUCGAAGAUAGAGAUUCAGCUCCAGAAGGACCCGGGCUACCGGGGCCUGGCCUUUCAGCAGCCAGGACGAGGGAAGAGCCGGAGGCAGAGCAUCUUCUGAGCCGUGACCCCCCUGCUGCGGCCCGAGAGACGAGAGGUCACAGUGAGCACAACCACAGGCAGGACGGGGCCUGCGUGGCCCCAGCAGGACUGAGGAGCAAGGGCUGAUGGCUGGCCCAGAAGACCUCUGGCCACGGCUGUUUCCUCUUCCUGCUUCCCACACGCCUCCCCUGCAGCCUUCACCUACACACCACACCGUCUGUCACCGGCCCUGGAGUCGGAGGAGCCGCUGUCUUAGGAGGAGAUGAGGGGGUGGGGAGGGACCUCAGACCCUGUCUCACCCUGAAGUGCUCGGGCACCAGCGUGGGACCCACAGAGGCGGGAGACUCCAGGGGCCAGACUGAGCACCGUGCCCAAGACAUGGGCAGCACCGUGCCCCCCCCACCCCUGCCCACACUUCACUCACCCUCUUCCCCUCUGAGAGCAGGAAGCGGCACGGAACCUCGUCUAGGACCCUGGAGUCCUGCGUGCCAAUGUGUGUGCCAAAGCCCACCCCCCCCCCACUCAAAGGGAGGGUGUCCCUGGAGCAACAGAGAGAAUAGCAGCCCACCCCCCUUCUCCACACCCUCAUCAUGUUCCCAUCCCCUCUCCUGGCCAGAGGCCCCAUAUGCUGCUGGAGUCCAGCUGAGUCCAGAGGUGGCCUGGUACCACCAGCUUCACUCUGUCACCUCAGCUGGCUCCCAUCCCUCUUCCUGGUCUGAACGGGAUUGCCUUAAAUUGGCAGGUGGUAGAGCACUCACUGCCCUUGGAGCUCUGACCCAAGCUCCUGCCUGUCCACCCUUUCCUGAGAGCGGCUCCUGCUUAUCGAGUCCGGGUGCUGAUCAGCCGGCCCUGGGCCAGGGUCCUGGAGGUGACACGCAGAUAUGCAAGGUCACCCUGACACUGGUGCCAGGCCGGCCUCGGCUCCUUGGGGCUAGCACAGCCCCUGCCCCCCCCCACCCCGUUCCCUCCUUGCCACCCCUGUGUCCCUAUCCAUGCUCCACCCAAUCCUGGCACCAGCCUCCCCAUACCUCUGCCCACCCCUCUCCCCAGAGGGUAGGGUGUAAAUGCCACGGUCUGAGGUGGAGGAAGGUGGGAUAGAACGCACAGGCUUUGAUCCUGAGAGGCUGGGAGUAUGAGGGGCCGCAGCCCCAAAGAAGGCGCCCUCACCACCCCUUCAGAGCACGCCUGUUGUAUCCCCAAGGUCUCCUCAACACUUGGCUGAAUCUCGAAUGGCAAGGCCAAGAGGAGGCCAGGCCCGGCCUUGCUACACAAGACCCCUGCCCAGCCCGACCCCUCAGCCUGAGGGGCAGCCCUGGAGGGUCUUGGCCUCCCCACAAGUCCCUCCCUUCCUCCCCCACUGUACUGUGAAUGUCCUGUGACUCAGCACAAAGACAGAUAAUAUAUUUAAUUCAUGUUGUACAGAAACGAGCGAGCAGUCUGUACCGAAAAGCUGAUUUUGACAGAUUGAUGCCAAAGAUGGACGACUGAAGGCCCUUCUCCAGGCCUCGUGAGUGCGGCUGGGGCGUGCUUGUAGAUGUAUAUAUAUAUAAAGUGGACAGAGAGUU